UCCACGGCCCCAAUAUUAACCUUGUUUUCUGGACAUGAAGUAGGUGGGAAACAUCAGUCUGUGGUGAUUCAUCCAAUUUCUAGAAGGAUCAUUGUCAGUCUGAAUCCCAACUGAAGACACUGCAACAAGAUCCCUCAGGCACCAUUAAAAACAAUGCUACAACGAUAAAAGAGUCCAAGUUCUGCAACACAAAUGAAGUGCUGCAGAAAUCUUUUCUCACUCGGUUUCACCUCACAGGCUGAACACGGACUCUUCACAGAAGAGGGUCCUGAUGACAUCACAUCCUCUCCUAUCAGUUACGCUGCCUAAAAAGUUAAGAGACAAAGAUCACCCGCGCUGCGCUGAAACGCCCCGAGGACGAUGGCCGCGUCUCCUGCACUGCUCCUCCUGCUCAGCCUCACGCUCUGCUGCACCAGCACCCAGGAACAAAGGAACUCCAUGGUGGCCAGGUUCCAAAACAGGAAUAUGAAGCACCCCCAGGAGGGACAGCGGCUGGAGCUGGAGUGCUUGCAUUAUGACAGGAACAGACCCAUCUUCUGGAUCCGCCUGGACAAGGCUGGGAACCUUCACUUCCUCAUCUCCAGUACCCAUUCUUAUUCCACCAACUUGCAGGAGGGUCAGAAAACACCAACAAACUUUGAAGCAUCAUGGAGAGGCAACUCCUAUCGGCUGGUGGUGAAGUCCUUCAGGGCACAGGACCAGGGGACCUAUUACUGUGUCAACUACAGCAACCAGGUGCUGCACUUCAGCUCCGGACAACCCGCCUUCUUCCCAGUCACUACAACAACAGCAGCACCCACCACACCCGCUGCCACCACCCACAGCAGCCAGCUCACCAGCAAGGACAUCUCCCGGCACAGCCCGCAUCCAGAAACAAGCAAUAAGAAGACGCUGAACUUCUGCUGUGAUACAGUCAUGCGGGUUAACCUGGCAUGCGCCUGCCUCCUGCUCCUCACUGCCAUAACCGUCACCAUCGCUCUCUGCCAAAGUAAGUCGCAGCCUCACACCCUGCAGAGCUUCCUGCAGCCUCACACCAAAGAGCACAGCCCGCUCCUCCAGGGGAAUGGGCUCUCUGCCUAUUGCCCUCACGCAGCCAUUGCGUAGCCAGGACACAACGAAUGCAGAAGGAUCUCUCUUCAAAAUUCUUACCCAGAUUUUUCCCACGUCCAGGUUUAGCAUGAGAUGUACUUAUCAAAAUCUACACUAGCAGAUAAUAGAAUAUAAACAGCGAAACCUUAUUCUAACAAUUGCAUUGGCUCUAUCAUCCUGAAAUUAGUAUCUGGGUUGGAAGUGCCAGAACCUAAAACAUUACUCAACCAUCUAUUGCUGCCCUUUUGU